GGGCGAGGCGGAGCGGCGCCGUCAGAUCAGGAUGUGCAGCACUGGAGAUCAACACCGAGUUCAAUAAACCACGUAAUGGAGGCAGUUCUGGAUCUCUACAAGGGCUCAGAGUAUCUGCAGUAGUGAACGCUGUCUGGACUACCAUGUUACUCCAUGUUUCCGGCGGAGAGCAGAACUUCAUUUAUGACCUUGACACAGUGUUGCCGUUUCCGUGUCCUUUUGACGUGUACAGUGUGGAGGCCUUUAGGUUGGAUGACAGCCUUCAUCCAGAAUUUCGCAGGAAAAUCAGAAUGAUUCGGGCAGAUUUGUAUUUGAAGACGUUUGCUUCAGACAGAUCUCAUAUGAAAGAUGCAAACGGGAAAUGGCAGAAACCUCCUCCUUCAUACCCUUGCAUUGAAACUGCAGACUCCAAGAUGAACUUGGAUGAUUUCAUCAGUAUGAAUCCCAAAGUGGGAUGGGGCUCAGUGUUCCCCCUUCCAGACUUUGUGCAUCGAUUUGGCAGACAGACUGACUACAGCUAUUCCUUGGAAGGACAGUGAAGUGAAGUGAAGAAAGAAGUUCUCCCUGCUUUUGUUUUGAGUAUGUGUGUUUUGUUUUGCUGCUCUUACAUUGUAUUUAUGGUUUACAUUUCUUUACACAGAGUAAGUAUUUGGGCAAAUAGAAUACCCAAUCAGAAAUAUAAUGAACUGAAUAAAAACUUUUAUUU